CCGACGCUGAGAUCGGAACUCAAGUCCACAACCUCAUAGCGGUGGAUCCGGAUAUCACGGAUAACGGAUUGCUGGUCUAUGAGCUCCUGAAGGAUCGACUGAUAAAGGCAGUGGAUAAGAAUGGAAAAGAGGUAUCAAACGAGGGCAUCUUCGACUCCUGGUUCUCAAUCCAGCCAAACGGCACCGUCAGUGUCGCUCAGCGGCUUGACCGCGGCCGCGCAGCCGUGCUGACCCUACCCGUAGCUGUUACGGAUGCUUCGGCUCCUACCCUGCAGCAGACCGAAGGCGAACUAAUUAUCAACAUAGUGGACGUGAACCGCCACGCUCCAGUAUUCUCGGAGCCAGCUUACCACGAGACCCUGGUGGAGGAGCAGCCUUUGGGCACAGUCCUGAAUGUCUACACCGCCACUGACAAGGAGUCGCCUAUAGCUGCCAUCGUCAUCAGCCCGCCUAAUCCUUACUUCGAGAUUGAUAAUGUUACGGGAAUCGUCAAAAUAAUCCAGCGCAUAGACUACGAAAAGAUCCACUCCACAAACUUUACUCUCGUGGCGUUUGAUUCCGGCGUUCCCCAGCUAUCCACUUCAGCUACUGUCACGAUUGACAUCGUGAAUGUCAACGAUGAAGAACCAGUGUUCGCUGCCACUGCCUAUGACGCUGUGGUUGCUGAACACUCUACGGCAGGAACUAAGGUCUUGACUGUCACUGCUGUUGAUAAGGAUGAAGGCGAAUUCGGCGAAGUCACCUACAGCCUAACCGGCAACUUAUCAUCCCUAUUCACCAUCGACCCGUCAUCCGGGGUCAUCACCGUAGCCGAUGGUGCUGUGAUCGACCGCGAGACAACCAGCGAUGUCUAUCUCCACGCCAUAGCCAGUGAUAACGCGCCGAAGCAGAUGCGCAAGAGUACUAGUGUGCCUGUCCACAUAAAAGUCCUAGACAUCAACGACAACCCGCCGAUAUUCACCCAAAAAGUCUACAAGAGCACCAUCGCGGAGAACCUUCGUCUGGACCCUCCAGCGGCUAUCAUGCAAGUAUUGGCCGAAGACAAGGAUGAGGGCAUCAAUGGCAAGCUGGAGUAUAAGAUUGUGGAACAGAGUGAACCUGGAGUGUUCUCAGUAGACCCCAACAACGGUAUCAUCUACCCAGCUAAGCCAGUCACUGGCAACACCACCUACCACCUCACUGUAACCGCCACAGAUGAGGCAGGCCGUGGAAUACACUUUGACACCGCCAAAGUUGACAUCUCAGUGCUGAGCGUGAAUAAGCACAGUCCGGUGUUUGUACAGCCUCCGCCAGAGCAGAGGCAGCUGGAGAUACCAGAGAACGCUGCCCAAGCAGACUUCCUGAUCACAACUAUCAAAGCCACCGACGAAGACAGCGGCGAGAACGGCCGCGUGUCCUACUACCUUAAAGUGGACAACCAGAAUGUGGGAGAAACACAGGAGUUCAGUCUGGAUGCUGACACUGGAGAGCUGAGGACUAAGACCUUCCUGGAUAGGGAGCAUAAAUCGGAGUACCAGCUCGUGAUAGUGGCGGUAGACAACGGCACUCCAGCGCAGUUUGAAAGCCUUCGCUUAUUGUCUGUGGUGCUAGCUGAUGACGACGACAACGCUCCACGCUUCCCGCAGACCUUGCACCAGUUCAGCAUCAAGGAAAACCUACCGGCUGGCGUUAUUGUUGGUACCGUGAAAGCCACGGACAAAGAUUCCGGUGAACACGGCAAGGUGUACUACCACAUUCUGGAAGGCAAUCAAGCGGGAGCUUUUACGCUCGAUAGGACGCAGGGCAUCAUCAGAGCUAAUAUCAGCUUCGACAGAGAAAAGCAAUCGGAAUACUCUCUCACGAUAUACGCGAGCAACAGUCCGAUACUAGAGCAUGCAGCAGCGAUCCUAAACUCUUUCGACAACAGCACUGAGGGUCAAGAUCCGGCUGUGGCUAUCGUGAGGAUCAGGAUCCUGGACGAAAACGACAACGAGCCGAAGUUCCAGCAGAAGGUCUAUUACGCAGGUAUAAAGCACACAGCGCGAGUGAACGAGCCAGUCAUAUCAGUAGUGGCUGAAGACCCUGACCUGGACGAGAACGGAACCUUGAUCUACAUGGUGGCAGCCUCCAACCUGUACAAGUUCGGCGCCUCGCAGUCCAGCGGGAGCGUCGUGCCGUCUCCCUUCAACAUCAGCCAGGACGGCGUGCUGAUGACGGCGCACUACAUGUCGGAGUACAACCAGGACCGCUUUGUGCUGGACAUCAUCGCGCAGGAGGCCGCGCCGCCGCACAGACAGGCUAAAGCACAGGUUUAUGUGUGGAUAAUCGACCGAUCGUCGCUCAUCCGCAUGGUGGUAUCCCGAAGCUGCAGUGCGCCGGUAGGAGGAGUUCAAAAGCGAUUGGCUACUGCUGGAAAUGUUCUUUUAGUCCCUGGCAGAAGACUACCGUUGGUGCAGGCUGACAGGCGGUAUGACGACUGGUGCGAAAUCCACCUUUUGGCGGUAGACCCUACCACGUACCAGGUGCUUCCAGUAGAAAGGGUGCUAGAGACCAUCGACUCCAAGUUCGACGACCUCAAGGACAUCUACCAGGAGUUUGGAGUCGAGACGCUUAUUGCAGCCAGCGCUACUUCUAAAGCACCAGACAGCUUCGACCCAGCUCUAGCGGCGCUAAUAGCAUUGCUGAUUGUACUUUUCACUGGCAUCGUUACUUUCAUCGUCGUCUGCGCUUGUCUCAAACAUUGGGUGAUACCUCCCCCAUCAAUGCAGUCAAGCAAAGGCGACAGCCUCGCCCGGCGUCGGAUCCUGGAAGAGCUGAGCACUACGGAGAACCCGCUGUGGCUGGAGACCAAGCUGCGGCCCUACGAGGAGCAGGAGCUUACCAUGAACGUGUUCGGCGACCAGCCCGACCAGCCACCUGAUCAGGCGCCGCCUGACAACACCUACGCUACUAUCCAGACGUCACGCACGGCGGAGCGGUUCGGUGAUUACGCCACGCUGGGCGGAGACUCGCCCACGCCGCUCGAGGCUGCCUUAGGCUUCCAGGUAAUAUUCCUUACUUAUUCACUACUGUACCUUCUCGUAGUGUAG